AAUUCUGAAAGAAUUUAUAAUACAUUAAUUUUACACUUUAAUUGCAAUAUUUAACCAAUUUUAUAAUUAAGGAUAUCAGUUAAAGAAAACUAAUACUUGGGAAGGAGACUAUUAUUUUCACUCUGACCGCAAAUAACGUACCGCCAACGGCGGUAAUUUUCUAAAGUUAUUGCUUCGCCUUCGUUGUUUACUAAUUAUUUCUUUGCUUUAAAGAAGGGAAAGAAAGCAGGUUUAUCGCUUCAUUCAUUUCAUUUUCUAAAGUCACUUAUAAAAAUUAAUGUCUCGAAAGAAAGGCCUUAGUAUUGAAGAAAAGAGAACUCGUAUGUUAGAAAUUUUUUACGAGAAGAAAGAUGUCUAUCAGCUAAAAGAAUUGGAAAAAAUUGCUCCUAAAGAAAAAGGUAUUGUAUUACAGUCAGUUAAAGACGUUGUCCAGUCACUUGUGGAUGAUGCUUUAGUAGAUAGUGAAAAAAUAGGUACAUCUGUUUAUUUUUGGGCUUUUCCAAGUAAGGCUUACAACAACAGAAAACGUAGAAUUGAUGAAUUGCAAAAGCAAGUGGAUGAAGCUCGUAAAAAACUUAAACGAUUAGAUAAACAAGUUGCUGAAUCUCAGUGUGGGAAAGAAGAUUCUGUGGAAAGAACUAAGGUGCUAAAAGAUUUGGCCGAAAGUACAGAACUAGUUAAAAGACUGAAAGCUGAAAUUGAAAACUAUAAAGACUGUGAUCCUGAUGUUUUGAAAGAAGUUAAAAAACAAAUAGAUAUUGCCAAAGAAGCAGCAAAUAGGUGGACCGAUAAUAUUUUUUCAAUAAGGUCCUGGUGCAAGAAUAAAUUUUUUUUUGAAGAAUCUGUUAUAAAUAAACAAUUUGGAAUUCCUGAAGAUCUUGAUUAUAUUGAAUAAAUAAGCUGAUGAUUGAUUUUGUUUUUGCUAGAAGAAAAAUAUCAACUAUUUACCAUUAGCAUACAAUGGAAAACAAACCUUAAAAAUUCUGAUUGUUUGAAUAUAAGUUUAUUUUAUUGUUAUUGAUGAGUAUUCAAUUUAUUCAUAUUAAAAAACAUUCCUAUUUAAAUUCUAUCUGCUGUGUUUACAAUUAUAUUUGUAAUAACAAUUGAAUGUUUAGAAUGCUUUUUCAAGUAUUUUUUACAAUAGGUUAAUAUUUCAUAUCUUUUCUGAAAUGGUUUUAAAAUUGUUUUUGCCUGAAAUUGUAAUUAUGUUUAUUAUAAAUUCAUUUUAAUGAACAGUUACUAAUAUGUUACUGUUUAUAGGAA